AUGUCUUUAUCGUUCAGUUUCCCUCGUCCGACGACUACAAUCGAUGAUCUCGAGGAUCUUUAUAGGACGUACGGGGUUGAUCGUGCCGUCGUUCUCGAUUUGGCCGGCGCAACUGAGACUCCCGAAACUGUACGGGAAGGUUAUUGCGGAGCCUAUCUUUCUUUCUUUCACUCCUGUGGUCUUAUCUUCCCGGUCCCGAAGCCGAUACUUGAGAUUCUGGCGGAGCUUGGGUUAUCGCUUACUCAGAUCCUCCCGAACUUUCUUAGGUAUCUUAUCGCCUUCUUGGUUAGGGCUAGGGAGGAAGGUCUUUCUUCUGGCAUUAGUGAGUUCCGACAGCUCGUUCUGGUGAAGCGGAACCAGCAGAACCCUGGUACCUUCCUUGUGUCUCCGCGCCCAGGUCGCCACGUCAUCGAGGACAUCCCCUAUCGCGAUGAGAAGUGGCGCGAGCAAUUUUUCGUUUUCAAGAUGGAUCGAGCAUCUAUGGGUGUAUUCGACUACUCUCGGCUUCCACGGAGUUGGGCCGAGAAUAUCGCUCCUUCCGGAAGCUCUUCGAUGUCAGACGGGAUUCAUGGUUUGAUCGGGAUUCUUCGAAGAGAUCGUUCGAGCUGGUCUUCGUUCGACCAAACUCGGAUUCGAACCGUCUUUGCUAUGCCGGAGAGAAUCAACAGGGCCCCUCUGGUUGGGGGUUCUGAGGACGAGGCGGAACACUCCCAGGAAGUCAUAGCGACUCCUUCCGUUCAGGCCCAGUCUUCAGAUCGAUUAACUAGACAGCUCGUGAGGAGGUCGUCAUUCCGCACUUCCGGGUCUGCAUCGAGGGGCCGAGCUUCUAGAAAAUCUCCCAUAAUCUCGAUUCACGACUCCGACGAUGAGAACGCUUCGGAAGAGAGACGAUCUCCUGUCUCGUUGAGCCCUGGCUUGGAGGACGAGACCGUUGCGGCGACUCGCAAGCGACGCCGGUCGUCGAAGGGUGCCUUGCCCGGCCAAUCUCGUCCUAGGUUUGUUUCUGAGGGAGAUGGUUCUUUGCUUGCGGCCCAAGGUGACCUAAUUUCCCUCGCUGGUCGCAUGAGGUCUACAGGCUGCCGUCUUCCAUCUCUUGCUUCCUCAGCCGAGAAGGAAGCUUAUGCCAAGGUUGCGGUGGCGAGCUCUAAGGUGAUGGAAGCUUUCAAUGAAUACGUUGUGGUGAUUGAAGAUCACGUCGUGGCUUCUCGGAACGACAACGAAAUCGAGAGUAUUGGUUCCAAGAUCAAGAGGCUUUCGAAGGAGCUCCAAGCCACCAAGCGAGAAGGAAAGAAGGAUGCCGAAAAGAUCGAGGCUUUGACUGAGGAUUGGAAGAUAAUUCACCAGGAGAACGAGGCUCUUAUGACCCAGACGGUUGCUCAUAAGGCAAGAAUCACGGCGCUCGAGGUCGAGAGAGAUCAGGACAUUCGUCGUGCUUCUCGCGUUGCUCGUCGUAAUAUCGCGAAUCGGUACCGGGAAAUCCUUGAAUCCUUGAAGGAUAAGUGGACGAGCAAGAAAAAUGGAGUGUCUGCUGAGAUUCAGCUGCACGAAGUGAUCGCCAACAUCGAUCUUCUGAACGAGCUCAAGGAUGGGGGUCUGACUGUGGACGCAGAGCUUGCUUGUUUAAAGGAUAUGGAAGGAUAUUGUGAGGAUCUCGUUGCUUCAGCCACCGUGUCGGAUUGGUCGAUCUCCGAGCUCGAUCUUCCUCAAGUCUCAGACGAUUCAGUGGAUCAAGUCGGGGGGUCGAACAUGGCUUCGAGAAGAUCAAACCCUCGCGACUCUGAUAGGGUGCGAACUCGGACUGGUAGUGCUAAUGUGGAACGCAUUCGAUCCGGAGACGUGAGCGAAGCGCUCACAGAAGUUCUUCGUGAGGAAACCCGACUUCCGCGGACUUCAACCCAAGAGGCCAAGGACCUCGAGGGUGAAAAAUCUGUUGGUCGUGUUAAGUCGAGUAGCCCAACAGGUUCGGAGGGGCGUGACCGUCCCCCGAAGAAGGCGAAAACGAAUGGUUCGGACCAUCAUCUCGGUGUUUCGGGUGAAGCGGUUGUUGCUAAACCGUUUCAUUGGCAGUUCUCAUACUCCAAGGAUUGUCCUAUUACGGAUGACCCAGACAGUGUUGCUCACUUGGCCAUGGAGGCUAAAAACGAGUUCGCGGCGACUUUGGAAAAACGCCUGCAAGACGUCCCGCGCUCUGACAAGCUUUACGAGAUAAAGAAGGUCGUUCGAUAG